UCACUAAAAUAUAUAAUAUUCCAUCUUGUAACACUGUACUUCUCAUUAUUAUUAUUAUUUGUUUAAUUGAUAUGGAUAACCCUUGUAUGUUUUGUUUAUGGAUAUUAUUCAGCUUUGUGCUACUUCAUGGAAGUGGUGGGUGUGAGGAAGAAGAAAGAAGUGCACUUUUGAGGCUAAGAGAUGCCCUCAACUAUCCAAACAGAACCACCGCCCUUUCUUCCUGGGGUGAUGAUGAAGAAGAAAUGAAUUGCUGCAAAUGGGAAAGUGUCAAGUGUGACCAAUCCAAUCACCAUGUCACCCAACUCUCUCUCGAGUAUAUUAGGCCAGAUUUCCCGGUUCCUGAUCAUUUCUUUCUAAAUGCUUCGCUAUUUCUCCCCUUUCGGGAACUGCAAAAUCUGAGCUUACAUUCUAACAGCAUUCGAGGGUUCCAUGGAGUACUAAAUUUGAGCAAGUUGCAGGUUUUGGAUCUAAGUAUCAAUUGGUUUGAUGAAAUUCCACGUUUAGGUUUGUUGCGCUCACUUAGGAUCCUUAAUAUGGAAGUUAACUCCAUCAAUACUUGGUCUCACUUUGAAGAGAUAACAAGUUUGAAGGAUUUGGAGUUGCUCAAUUUGGCUUAUAAUUAUCUGAGCGGAAAAAUUCCUCACUCCCUUGGGUCCUUGACAUCUUUAAAGUUUUUGUCAUUCGAGCACAAUCAUCUAAUAAAUGGCUCCUUGACAGAUGGAGGCUUCUGCAAGUUGAAGAAGCUUGAAGAGUUGGAUUUAGAAUUGAAUAGGUUUCAAGGAAGAAUACCUUUGUGUCUUGGCAAUUUGACAUCCCUUCGUGUCCUUAUUCUUAAAUCAAACAAUUUGACCGGGCCACUUCCUUCUACUGUUUUUUCAACUCUGAGUUCACUCAAGCAUCUCUCUCUUUCUUUCAACUACUUUGAAGGUUCUUUCUCGUUCAACUUGUUUGGGGAGAAUUCCAAACUUGAGAUUUUUGAACUUGACAACUUUAAUAGUAACUUGAUAGUGGACACUGAAAACCCACCUUGGAUGCCUCAACCUCAGAUCAAAAUAUUCCGGUUAUCGAAUUGCAAACUCAAUCAGCAUACUGGGAAUCUCCUACCUAGUUUCCUGUUAAAGCAACGUGAGUUGAGAAUCCUUAACCUUAGCCAUACAGGGAUGAGAGAAAUAUUCCCAACUUGGUUGCUCAUCAACAACUCAAAUAUGGAAUUUCUCAGCCUUGCAAGCAAUUUCCUAACCGGUCCUUUUGAUUGCAAUCAUCAAGCAAAGAAUGAAUAUCUGGUCUGGUUAGAUGUAUCCAUGAAUCAAAUCCAAGGGGUACUUCCACACUCUAUAGGUGUUUCAUUUCCAAGUCUGACCCUUUUGAACAUGUCUAUGAAUGCAAUACAGGGUGGUAUUCCUCCCUCUAUGGGAGAAUUGACACAACUGUAUCAACUUGACUUGUCAAACAACAAUUUGUCAGGAGAACUGCCAGAAGAAUUCGUCCAGGGAUGUAUCAAAUUGGAAAUUUUGACGUUAGCAAACAACAAUUUGCAAGGCCAAGUUCUUCCUACAAAUUCAAACCUGAGUAGCCUUCAGUAUCUACGUCUGGAGAACAACCACUUUUCGGGUGAGCUCUCUCGUGGCUUGCUAAAUAGCAUGUCUUUGAGAUUGUUAGAUUUGAGCAACAACUCAAUCACAGGCAAGAUUCCUGACUGGAUUGGAUACCUUCCACAACUCAAGUCAAUAGUUUUGUCUAACAAUUUCCUACAAGGUCCUAUACCAAUGAGCUUUUGCAAGGUGAAGGAAUUGGGGUUUUUAGACUUGUCUAGAAAUAAACUUACUCAGACUAUACCUGCCUGUUUGGAUGUCUCGUCACUGAGAUACUUGCAUUUGCAUGGCAAUGAACUUAUUGGAUCUGUGCCAAAAGUUCUGUCCGGAGCUUCUUCACUUGUGACACUAGACAUGAGAGACAAUAACUUAUCUGGCAGAGUUCCUAGUUGGAUAAGUUCACUCUCAAGUUUAAGGUUUAUUCUUCUAGGAGGAAAUCAACUUGAAGGUUCAAUCCCUUCCCAAUUCUGUGACCUUAGGAAUAUUAGCAUGCUGGAUAUUUCAUCAAAUAAUCUUUCAUCCUUUUUGCCUUCUUGCUUGCAUAAAGUACUAGCUGGGAGCAAAAGAGCCCUUGAUGCCACACUUGGGCCUCAUGUAUACCAACAGAUUUAUUAUAUUCCUUUAAGUACAUACUCGUAUGAAACCCGGCUUCAAAUAGACCUAUACUUGGCGUCCAUUUACAGAGCUUCAGAUGAGGAAGAAGAAGUGGAAUUUGUAACAAAAAGUAGGUCUGAAUCAUACAAAGGAAAUAUAUUGAACUACAUGUCUGGGAUUGAUCUUUCCUUCAACAACUUAAUUGGUUCAAUUCCUCAAGAGAUCGGGUACUUGAGUAAUAUUCACACUUUGAACUUAUCACACAACCACUUCACAGGCUCUAUCCCGACUACAUUCUCCAACUUAAAGCAGAUAGAAUGUUUGGACUUGUCUCACAAUAGAUUGAAUGGCCAAAUACCUCAAGAAUUGAUAGAAUUGAACUUUCUAUCAAUAUUUUAUGUGGCAUUCAACAAUCUAUCCGGUAGAAUACCAGACAAGAAGCAGUUCUUAACAUUCGAAAACAUCAGUUAUGAAGGUAACCCUUUACUUUGUGGACAAUUGUUGGGGAAAAGCUGCACCAGCUAUAACAUUGAGCCAUCUUCAGAGUCAAUUAUAGAGGAGACUGACCCGUUCAAAGAUACAUUUGUGUGGAGUUUUAUAGCAUCAUACAUUGUGGCAUUUAUAGCUUCCGUUAUUGGUUUCCUAUGCUGUAGUAACCAUUUAGAACGACUGCUUAGGUAUGUUCAAGCAAAAUGUAAUUGUAGUUUUCUAUUUCCAGUUUGCGUGUAAAUUAAAUAACAGUUUAUGUAAUGUGGUAAUAUAGUGUAUGAAUAAGGCUCUGUUUCCUUCUCUUGUGAACCCGUAUCACAGAAUAUGCAAUUCUAAGUUUAUUUA